AUGCUUCUUAUUGCUAUGGAUUUUGGGGACAAGGCAAACAAGAAACACCUGAAACUCCAUCUCUUCAUUGCCCUAAAGGAGGCUAGAACAAAAUAUAGGCACGAGUGGAUCAGCGCAAGCCACAACCUCAACUGCAACCCAGACAGAUCACCGGAUCCUGAACCAGAGAAAAUAUUGGAGCUCCCUGAAGGAACACUGACCAUAUAUAAAAAACAAAAAUCAACCCAAGAAGAACAAGAAGAACAGUCCCCUGUGCAAACUCCAAGGCCCCAUAACUUGUGGAGAAAACCAAAGAGGAAGAAGAGCACACCGACAGGAAAUCCAAAGCAACUUGUGGUUGUUGUUGACAACGAUGAUAAAAAGCCCAAAAAGAAAAGAACGAAACCUGAGAACAACAAAUUGAUGAUUGGUCAAGAUCCACAGCCAAUCAGUUCUGAAGAUUCUGUCAAGAAAUUUGAGACAAGGAUGACACCGAACCAUCUCUUCCAACUCAUCUCUGAAAUCAAUAAACCAACAGAUCUUAAGGAAGAGCCAGAUGCAGUAGAUUAUCGCCAACUACAAAGGCAGGCUAUCAGAGAUAUGGGAUUUUGCGCCUUGCUAGAUCUCAAAAUCAAAAAUAUUCCAACAGCCUUAUGUAAUUUUCUGGCAAACAAUUUCCAGACCGAUGCAAGACAAGUCCUAUUAAAUGGGAACAAUGUACUGGAUAUCAAACAGGAAGAUGUUGUUGUUGUACUUGAUCUUCCUCGUGGACCCUAA